GCUCCACGCUCUCAAUUGGCCAGAGACGGGAGCCCUUCCAGCCAAUCAAUGUUCAACAGGCCCUCCUCCCGCGCGUCUUUCAAAGGCCGGCUAAGAACCAAUGAGCGGUUAAGAGGCCGAGCCAGGGCACCCGGAGGCGGAGUAAGAGACAGGAGAAGGGUCUGAUUGGUUCUUAGAAGACGCCGCGCUCCACCUCACAAAAGGAUGUACCAAUGAGGUGAGGGGAGGGCGGGCUCGGCGCGCGGCAGAAGCUAAGACGCCGGUGCUGCCGGAGGGAGGCGGUGGCCGGUCAAGACGUGGAUCCGCCAGCAAUGAAGCCGGUGAGUCGAGUCGGAUGGGGCUGGGGAUUGGAGUCGCGAAGCCACAGGAACAGGAGAGGCCCCGGAGGCCAGUUCUUCGGCCGGGUGGCAGUGCAGGCCUUGUCGUGGUGCGACUGAACAGUAGCUGUCUUGUGAGUCGGGGAGGUGGCUCUUCCCGGGACGGGCCGAAAGCGAUGGCAGCAAAGGAAGGAGACCACACGGACAGGGUCAGUGGCGAACGAGGGGAAGACGAACAUUCACUGCGCGCCGGCUGUGGGCUGUGCGCUGUGGCCUGCGGGGGUCUCAUAAGCCUCACGACAGCCCUUCCAGAGAGAGCUGUGCCCCGUUUUACGGAGCACACUGAGGGGCUUAGAGAGUUUUAGUGGCCCGGGGGUUGUCUAAUAGCCGAGCCUCGGAGGAUAUCCAGGGUCAGCUCUGCGCCCACGGAACAGCAGCCCUCACCCCGGGUUGGGAAGACUUGAAGUACGGUUGCAACAUCCCUGUCACCAUCCCCCAGGCCCACCUGGCACUUCGCCCCCUUCCCUGGGGUUCAGAAUCUCUACCCCUAAGCAGCAGAAAUGUUCAACUCUGUUAGGAUUUUUUUAGCCUGGCUGGCAGAGCCUGAGGGAGUGAGAGCCACACAAAUACAAAAUCCUGAAGCAUCGAAACUGCUUUAAAGGGGGGGGGGGGAUAGGCAAGGAAUUGAAGCCCCACCAGACUCCUGACCCCCCCCCCAUUACCUAACACGCUGAUUGACAACCUAUUGAAGGGUCUUCUUUUGGAUUGAGUUGAUUAUGAUACCACAUAGACAGAUCCAAAGCAACUCAAAUCCAUAGCCUAAAUUGGCUCUGUAAUGUGAUCUUCUAGUAACAGACUGGUGUUAUGGAUUAUAGCUUCAGAGCUAGAGAGGUCAUUAGCUGGUUAAGCCUAUUAAUUCCCAUGUUUCCAUGUGGAAGGAUGUCAGCUGUCCUUCACUCCUGGCCUCUCUCUCCACCCCUUAUUUCACCUUUCCCCAGGAGGGAAAGAGUGAUUAAAUGAUCUCUGAGUUUGGGAGAAGCUGAGCACAUGUAGCUCAACCCUUUCUUCUUUCUCUCCUGGAAUCUGCCUACCUGCCAGUAGAGGGUGCCAUCUGGUCUGCUCCCUACCAUGCAGGGUGGCUCACCACUGCCUGUGAUUGGGUGGAUAAGUCUCUUACUGGAGUUAAGAAUUGGCAAGCCCACUUGGCCAUAAUUUUAAAGCCAUAUGCUCCAUUUCACUCAGCAGUAAAAAAAAAAAAAAUUUUUGGUCUCAAUUUGCCUCUCCAGUGCCUUAUCUCUAAGUUGGUUCCAACGAGUGGGAGAAAAGUGUGUUAUUUACCGAUCCUUUAAAAUUCCAGCAGGGAGUAUAGAAGUCUUCUAGUUACGCUGCCUACAAGGUGGAGUUCCAGCUCCUUAGAUGAGCAUAAUGCGGUCCAUCUUAAUCUCUCUAGUUCAGUAAUUCACUUGUAUUCCCCUGAUCAAGCUACUACACUGUGUGUGGGCAGUUUUAUGAGAAGCAGUAUACUUCUUUAGCUUCCCCUCCUCUAGUAUCACAGUUCCUGAAUACACAGACCCUCUCAUACUUCUCCUUUUGCCUUAAUUCCUUCUUUCCUAUCUGCCUAAAAACUUCCUGCUUUCUUCUGUAACCUGUGUACACAUCUGUCUUUCCAACUAUAUUGAAGGUGGGCUAUCUAUCUUAUGGAUCUUUGUAUCUCCUAAGCUUGGCAAAUGGAAGGUGUCCAAGAUGUGCUGGUGAACAAAUGCAUAAAUCUCAUUUUAUACUUGUGGGAAACUGAGAUCCAGAAUAAACUGAUCCAGAAUUUACUCGUCCAAGAUUAUACACCCAGUUCAUUGCAAACAAGUGAGUUUGACUCAUCAGAUGAAGAGCCUACUGAAGAUGAACAGACUCCAAUUCAGAUAUCAUGGCUACCCCUGUCACGAGUGAACUGUUCUCAGUUUCUCGGUUUAUGCGCUCUUCCAGGUUGUAAAUUUAAAGAUGUUAGAAGAAAUAUCCAAAAAGAUACAGAAGAACUAAAGAACUAUGGUAUACAAGACAUAUUUGUUUUCUGCACCAGAGGGGAGCUGUCAAAAUAUAGAGUCCCAAACCUUUUGGACCUCUACCAGCAGUAUGGAAUUAUCACUCAUCAUCAUCCAAUCCCAGAUGGCGGGACUCCUGACAUAGCCAGCUGCUGUGAAAUAAUGGAGGAGCUUGCAGUCUGCCUUAAAAAUAACCGAAAAACCUUAAUACACUGUUAUGGAGGACUUGGGAGAUCUUGUCUUGCAAUAUAAUUAUCUUCAUGAUUUCCGGGACAAACUAGCUGCACAUCUAUCAUCAAGAGAGUCACUAUCAAGAUCUGUAUCUAGAUAAAGAAUUUCAAACAGCA